AUGCACACCACAUCUCUCUCUCUCUCAUCUAUCUAUCUAUCUAUCUAUCUCUCUCUCUCUCUCUCUCUCUCUAUUAUUUACUUUAUAUAUCAUUCUGCUUUCCUUCCGUUUCAUUCUCAGUUUGUUAGCUUAGUUUUUCUUCGAACCAUUUCCCAAUCUCUUUUUCCAUAUUUUUUUUGCAUUUUGUCUUUUCUUUCGUUUAACACAUUAUCUCUGUCUAUUCUUAUCUUUUUCUUUUCCUUUACUCUAUUUUCUAUUUUAAACUCUCUGCCUUCGCUACUUCACUUCCUUCGUAUUUCAUUCGUUUAUUUUUUCUUUCAUUUUCCUACGUUCUUGAAGGCUUUCUCUCCUUCUCCAUCUUCUUCAUGCUCAUAUCCCAGUGACUAUCUUCUCUAUUUGCUUUAUUUUUCCAUUUCUCGAACUGCUUUGCGUUUACGUUUCUUUCGAUUUAUUGCCCCCUCCUUCUUCUUCUUUGCACUGCAGUCUCUUGUUCUAUCAAACUCUUAUCGUCUUCAGGUUUCUUCAAAAGUUACUUCUUCUGUAAUCACUGAUUUUGUCCUUUUUUCUUUUAGGAAUAUUCAUCUAGAAUUUUUCCCUCCUCCUUCGAUAUCGUUUCUCUUUAGCGUUGCUCAUCGGUGCACGGUUCGAUUAUCAAAUGAAGGGUCACUUCCGGUAGGCGUGCUGACCACUCAUGAUUAUCUUGCCGUUUCACUUCCGGUUUCUACGAUUAGUAAAUUUUGCUUUUUUGUUAUCUUAAUCUAUCUAUCUAUCUAUCUAUCUAUCUAUCUAUCUAUCUAUCUUAAUCUGUUUCAUAUCUAUCUAUCUAUCUAUCUAUCUAUCUAUCUAUCUAUCUAUCUAUCUAUCUGUUACGAAAAGAAAACACCAAUUACACUUGUUUGUUUGUUUGUUUGUUUCUAUCUAUCUAUCUAUCUAUCUAUCUAUCUAUCUAUCUAUCUAUCUUAUGCUCGUGUAACGAUAAUCUAUCUAUCUAUCUAUCUAUCUAUCUAUCUAUCUAUCUAUCUAUCUAUCUAUGCGGUUCUUCCCAUUUGGCAUUAUACAGUUGGAAUUAAUCUAUCUAUCUAUCUAUCUAUCUAUCUAUCUAUCUAUCUAUCUAUCUCUUUGCUGCAUACACGUACAUGUUUGCUAGAAUAUCCAAAUUAA